UUUACUUCCCUAAACCCUAGUCUAAACCCCUUCUCUUCAUAAAAUUGUUGAAGUUGUGGAGCUAUGGACAUUGAUAGAAAAGAUGGGCGAACAGCGAAUCAAUUGAGACCAUUGAGUUGCACUCGUAACGUUCUUAAUCGCGCUCAUGGCUCUGCAAGUUGGUCUCAAGGGGAGACAAAAGUUCUUGCUGCUGUUUAUGGACCAAAGGCUGGAACAAACAAGAACGAGAAUCCAGAAAAGGCAUGUUUUGAAGUCAUUUGGAAGCCAAAAACCGGGCAGAUUGGUAAAGCGGAGAAGGAGUAUGAGAUGAUUUUGAAGAAGACUGUGCAAAGCAUUUGUGUUUUGAAUGUUCAUCCAAAUACCACCACGUCAAUUAUCAUUCAGGUUGUCAACGAUGAUGGAGCUCUUCUUCCAUGUGCCAUAAAUGCAUUAUGUGCUGCCCUUGUGGAUGCUGGAAUUCCUUUGAAGCACUUAGCUGUUGCAAUAUGUUGUUGUCUAACAGAGAGUGGACAUAUUCUAUUGGACCCUAGCAAGCUAGAAGAACAGAGAAUGAAGGCGUUUGUAUAUCUAGUUUUCCCGAACUCAACAUUAUCUGUGCUUCCUGAAGAAGCAUUGAAAGUGAGAGGUGAACCCAUGGAACACGGGCUUAUAACAUCUUCUACGCACGGUGUCAUGUCGGUUGAUGACUACAUACGCUGUUUGGAGAGAGGACGUGCUGCCACUUCCAAGUUGUCUGAUUUUUUCAGGAGAAACUUGCAAUCACAAGUCCAAAGUGACUAAUCCAAGUUGGGUUAAAUUGACCCGGAUCAGUAAAAGUGAGAUCUCACGACUUUCCUAGUCCAUUGACUUGUUCGUGUUGGAUCUUUGCUGGCACAAAUUGAACGUGGAGGUGUCAUGAUUGUUGUAAAUUUUGAUAUCAACUCGAUGGCUUUGGCUAGUAAUCAAAUAGUUGAGGUGUGGUUCUCCAUGGAAUGUCAGUGGUAGCAUAUUCCUCUUUCAAUUGCAGGAGACACACCUGAGGAAAAUCUAGGUAGCAAACUAAUGUCUUCUUCAUGCCAAUGACUUCUGAGUAUAAGUUUGCAUUACGGCUUCAUUUAAUACUCUUGUCACAGAACCUGGUUAGACUUUGAUGCUUUUUAAGAGAAAAGUGUUUUAAGGUAUAAUUCCAGAGACCUUCCGUCAAA